UUGACCUUACAAGUUUUAUUUCUUCAACUGAUCCUUCUAAAGAGGAAGAGAAGAGCGAGCUCGCCAAAGAAGCAACUGAGAGAGAGAGAGAGAGAGAGAGAGAGAGAGAUGAAGAAAGCAGUAGAAGCCAAAAGAGAUGUAUUCCCCACAGAGAUAAGGCUUGCCGCAGAGGAGCUCUCUGUAGCAGUGAAGCAUGAGGAGCACAAGCCUUCCACACUCGUCUUCCUCGCCCCUUCCAAGUCUCUCCUCCAUAUCCUUGAUAAGAUUGGGCCAACAAUGGCAGUACUGAGACAGGAUGUCCAGAGAAAUAUAGAGAGAUUGGAGAAGAUCUACUUGAUAGAUCCAUCACUAUAUUCAAGUUUGGGUGAGAUAUUAAAGAAAGAAAUGGAUGAUGGAACUGCAAGAAAGCGUGAUAGCUGCUCAAGGGCUAUUCUAUGGCUAACCAGAUCAUUGAAUUUUAGCCUAGCACUACUUGAGUUCCUUGAGAAGGAAUCGGAAUGGAGCCUGGAGAAAAUAGUGGAAGAAUCUUACAAGAGCACAUUAAAGCCAUGGCAUGGCUGGAUCUCCUCAGCAGCUUACAAAGUAGCUUUAAAGCUGAUACCAGAGAAGGAAGUAUUCUCCAGCUUCCUAAUGAGCGAUGAUGAGCAAGACUGCAACAGUUUAAAAGAUGACAUCCAAAUGUUGGUCUCAUUGCUUCGGCCUUUGUUAGAUGAAAUUAAUGCUCUUCUGAGGAAGUUUCGUUUGGACAGGAUAAAGUCUACCUAAGUUGUUCUGCAAUAUGAUGCACAUACUUGUAAAUACUGUAAAUAUUGUAAGAAAUAUGCGAGUGAGGAAAUAGCUAAUGUUAAUUAUUUAGGAUUGCAAAUAGUUUAGAGGUUUCAUAGUGAUAGAUACAUUAGCUUGCAUAUACGACUUACUUAUAAUAAUGAUGUUUGUAAAAUUCACCACGGUGCCAUGUAAUCAUGUAUUAUUAUUAUCUUCAAUAUAUUCUACUAAUGUGUGGGUUCAUUUA